AUGUCAGCUCUGUGGGGUGUAAUUCAUAUUAUUACUACAUUUGUUUCAGGCUUGGUUGCCAUAGUGAUAGCGGCAUGAGUCCUGAACUUCAACCGGGCUGUCGUGCUGCUGGUCAUCUCCUUGGUUACCAUAUUCUUCCUGGUCUGGGAUUGGAUGAUGGAACGCUAUGGCGACCGGGUGUGGGUGGAACUCUUUCCUAUCAGAGACCUUCUCAGCAGAAACUGGUUUUGGAUCAGAUGGAUAAUGUACGUGUUACUGCUGGUGGCCCUGGUGUGCUGGCUGGCACUGGACAUAGCCCAGCAAGGGACCAGACAGCUUGUGUCUUUCUUUGGUUUGCUGCUCCUCAUCUUCUUAAUGCUGCUGUUCUCCAAACACCCAUUCAGGUGGUGUUGGCAAACUUUGCUGUGCGGGAUCGGGCUACAGUUUGUCUUUGGUCUGCUGAUCCUCAGGACCACAUUUGGCUUAGGUGGACUGGAAUGGGUCAGAAAACAAGUAAAGAGCUUUUUGUCAUUCACAGAUAUUGGGUCUAAGUUUGUGUUUGGUGCCAGUUACAGAGACCACAACUUCGUCUUCCAGGUGAUGCCUAUAUUGGUUUUCUUAAGCUCCGUCAUCUCCAUUCUCUACUACAUUGGCUUCAUGCCCUGGCUCAUUUACAAGAUUGGAUUCAUAAUGCAGGUUACCAUGGGAACAUCUCCAGCAGAAUCGAUGGCUGCAGCUGGAAAUAUAUUUUUGGGACAUACAGACUCACCUCUCUUGAUUCGUCCAUACAUCAGUGGGCUAACUCGCUCUGAGAUCCAUGCUGUAAUGACAGGAGGUUUUGCCAGCGUCUCUGGUACCAUUUUGGGAGCCUAUAUCUCCUUUGGGGUUGAGGCAACACACUUGUUGACAGCAUCCCUGAUGUCCGCUCCAGCCUCCCUGGCGAUCGCCAAGAUGUUCUGGCCUGAAACAGAGACCCGCAGUGCAACAGCCAGUCAUGACAUCAAAAUCGACCAUGGAGAGAGUAAGAACGUGUUGGAGGCGGCAUCCCAAGGUGCAUCUUGUGCUGUGGGUUUAGUGGCCAACAUAAUUGUCAACCUUAUUGCCUUCCUCGCACUGUUGGCCUUUUUGGAUGCAGCUUUCUCCUGGCUGGGCGAGAUGUUGGACUGUCCGCAGCUCAGCUUUUCGCUCAUCUGCUCUUACAUGUUAAUGCCUCUCUCCUUGAUCAUGGGUGUUUCCUGGGAGGACAGUUUCAUCGUUGCUGAACUGAUUGGCACGAAGACAAUUAUCAAUGAGUUUGUAGCCUAUAAAAAGUUGUCAGAGUUCAUUUCGAGGCGGAAAGCAGGAGGGACAGAAUAUGUGGACAACAUAAAGCAGUAUAUUUCUGUCCACUCUGAAACAAUUGCAACCUACGCUUUGUGUGGAUUUUCCAACCUUGCUUCGCUGGGGAUGUCAAUUGGAGCACUGUCGUCCUUGGCUCCAGAUAGACGGGCUGACAUCUCCAGUUGUGCCUUCAGAUCUCUGAUUGCAGGCAGCGUCUCCUGUUUCAUGACGGCUUGUAUUGCAGGCAUGUUGUACAUCCCUGAUCUUCAGUGCUCACAUUUCCUGAGCACCGAGUUCAUCAAUACCAAUGUGACCAGCAGCUCACAACUGGUCACCUGCUGUACACAACUGUAUAACAGCACCACUCCAACAGAAGGAGAGGGGGAUGAGGAGGAGUAG